AUGUCGCCACACGUUGAUGCUACCACACAGACGGACGCGCACUCUUUCACAAUUUCUCAGAUACUCAUAGAUGCGGCAGUGUCGACAGAGGAUCUGGGAGGAGAAGAUUGUGGAGUUAGUGAGCUUACCACAGGUCUCCAAGUCGACGAUGGAUGGAAGGCUCUCGAUGGCAUUCCUUGCGUUAUGGGUGGAUUGACAGUGCUUGUCGCAUCUGUUGGUGGCACCCUUCGUGGACGUGCCAAAAACAACUUUCCUUGGAAAACCCUACCUAAGGAACUAGCCCAGCUUGGAUUUUUCCUUGAAGGCUACCCCGACGAAACUAUUAUGCCCGGCGAGAUUCGACCUUCAGUCACUCGGUCCAAAGGCAUCCACAAUUUGACACGUGCCCACCAUGAAAAUCUUGUCAAUGCACUCAAGUCAGGCACCCUUACCAUUCGAGCCGUCACAAGCGACACUGCUCGCACACGCCUCAUCAUGUCAAGAGACCCUAUCGUCAUUGGGGAGGCACCCAGACAUCGCUCAGUCCACUCCCACAGGCGACGUGCAUUUGCUAAUGGUGACUUUGACCGAAAUGGGCUUCCCCAUCUUGCUACCCCUCCUGCUACACCUCUUACUCGUCGUCGUGUUGAGGUCUUCGUAGAGAUCUCAUGCCCGCCACCCCGGCCAGCUUCUAGAGUGAUCCCUCCACCCUGGCCAGCUUCUAGAGUGAUCCCACGCCCGCCGCCACCCCGUCCAAUCUCUAGGGUGGUCCGAAACACAAGACAUUCAUCCAUCACUCAAGCAAGUGAUCUUAUCCCGCCAAUCACUGCUGUGGAAUGGUCUGCGUCGAGCUCUGAAUACGCUAAUGAUACAGAUAAUGAAAGCAUGUCUCCGGAUGAGCAGCUACAUGUUAGAAAGAGUCGUCGUCGCCCUGCCAAGCGUCCCAGGUAUUGA